AGUACACAAUUUUCAGUCAAAUAAAAAUCUCUAAAAAACCAUUUUCACCCUCUUUUCCAUCUCAAAUUUCCUCCUUUUUCCUUUCUUUCUUCUUCAUAUAAAUUCGUCAACCCCUUUUCUCCCGCUUAUUCUUAUCUUACAAAAACCUCUUUGAUAUAAUAAAAAUAAAAACACCUUUUCAACCUUGUAUAAUUUUCCUAUAUACUAACCCUAUUUUCCUCCCUCCGUUUCUCGUCAUCUUUUUCUGAUUUCCAUCUAUUCAACCAUCUUUUUUUUCUUUUCUUCUUUUUUUCUCCGGUUAUAUUCGUCCAAGAAAGGGCCGACGUCGUGGUACCGGCGGUUGUUGCUAACGUGCGCAGGGUGCGCGUGGUACAAGAGCUUGAUCAGUUUAAAGUUCGAAACUUUAUUUUGGUGGUGAUUUUAACCUUUCACAUCAUCUGAGUCGUACACGUGGACAGCAAACUGUUCUCAGUCGUACGCGUGUUAGGACAGAAAGGAUGGUGGUGGGGUCAGGAGAAAGGAGGUGGGGUACGUGGGAGGAAUUAAUCCUAGGCGGUGCUGUUCUCCGGCAUGGGACACAAGAUUGGAACGUCGUCGCUUUGGAGCUGCGUUCUCGUACCAUCUGUCCUUAUUACUUCACCCCUGAGGUUCACAUUAAUUUACGCCUGCAAAGCCAAGUAUGAGGAUUUGCAAAAGCGCUACUCUGGCUGCAAUGCUUGGUUUGAAGAGCUAAGAAAGAGACGAGUUGAAGAACUGAAGCGAGAACUGCAGAAAUCUGAAUGCUCAAUUGGGUCUCUCCUCACAAAGAUUGAAAGCCUUAAGGCAGAGAGAGAACGGUCUGCUCAGAUAGAUUAUGGUUCCAGUCACACUGAAUCAGCCGCUGCUAUUGUAAAGUCAGAAUACAUUGAGUCUUUUGGCAAAGAUGGUGUAUCUGCUGGCAGCUUCACACUAGAUACCAGGACCAAUUCUUCACACGAGUUUCAGAGUCCUGCUGUAGCCUCGACUAAAGAGAUAGAUUCAAGGCUAGACUGCUCCAAGUCUUGUGAGCGUGAUGAAGUUCCAAGUACAAACAAGCCAGUAGAGAGUGCCAACGGAAAUGGAGGAGUUUUGAGGAAGAGAAGAGGUAAGAGAAAAAGGAAAGAUGCUACAUUAGAUAGCAAAGAAGUGAGCAUUGGGGAAAGUGACAAUGUGUUUUCAAUCAGUGGCAUCUCCACAUCACACUGUAAAGACACAUCAACCAGUUGCGACCAAAGUAUUAAGCUUACCGCCUCUGAGGAUAGUAAAGGAGGAUUAUCAAGAUUGAGGGACGAUGAUUUGAUGGCAAUUUUCAAUUCUAUUACACAUUCUGAAGUUGCUAUGAUCUUUAGGCAUCGUCACGAUAGUCAAAAGAGAGCUAGAUACAAGAAUACUAUCAGGCAGCAUGUGGAUAUUGAAACAGUAAGAUUAAGAUUAGCCAAUGGUUCCAUCAAAUCAGCAGGUGAACUUUUUAGAGAUUUACUUUUGCUAACAAAUAAUGCCAUUGUAUAUUACUCGAAGAGGACAAGAGAAUACAAGUCAGCGAUGGACCUCAGGGACAUUGUCACUAAAGCAUAUAGAGAUCAUUAUAAGAGCUCUUACCACAAAGCUACUUCUUCCCUGCUCACAUUCUCGACGAUAGGUAAUCUGCUUGUGAAGCCAAGAAGUGCUCGUUCUCGCCCCUCCAAAGACAAACUUCAAGCCAAGUCUUGCGACAAUGUAAAUAGUAUUGCAGGGACUGUAGGAGGAAAUGAUCUUAAAUCAAGUGAUGCUGAUUCCGAGGUUCCAUUGCAGUCAUUGUUAGCUGCUAAGAAAGGCUUCAAGCGACGUGGAAAGUUCAAGCUUGCUAUGGUUGAUGAGUCAGUUAAUCAAUUGACUAAAGUACCAGGACACGAAGCUACACGACCUAAAUCUCUGGUAAAGGAGGACCAUCAAUCUGAGAUGGUAACAAAGGAAAGAAAAAGAGCCCGUAAAAGGUGAUCUACAGGUUGCAUAGCCCUUUUUUGUGUGCAUAAACUUGUCUUUUAUAACCUUCUAUUUUGCAUGGCCAUUUUGCAAAUGGCUUCCACAUUUGAAAUUCAGUUCAAGUGGAAUGUAAUGAAGCUGACAGGUUGUGAAUAAUUAGUUUCAACUUAGUUUUACCUAUGUAAAAUAGACCUCUUUGUCAGGCUGUUCAUACUUAGAAAGUUCUAGCACAAGGUAUAAAUCCCAAAAGUCUGAUGGAAUUUGAUAAAUGGGCUAUUUGGAGGAUAAAAGGUUCAUUCUCUAUUGAAA